UCUGUCGAAGCGAUGCAGAAAAGAAAAGAAAACACCAUGGAGAGCUCUAUAAACUGUCACGACACCAAUUCUGAACAUCAUUUUUUUACGGCUGAACUAUCUGAUAAUGUAUUGACAUCUCUGGACGAUUACAAUAAUAAUUCACUUAAUAUGAAAAUAUCAAAUGAAACAAGUGUUCCAUUAUCUGAAUUUGUUACCAUUAUACUUCCACAAAGCUACAAUUACUCUAUUUCUGAGAUUCGGCUGAAAUAA